AGUGAAAAGCCUUUGUUGUGAAAAAGUGCGUAAAUAAAGAGGAAAAUCCUCCCAAAAGAAUUGUAAAAACAAGCAGAAAAGAUGGGGAAAGGCUUCAAUAACUACAUGUGCAAGAAAUUCUUCCAUCCAGCCUCACGGGAUAACCUCAAGAGGGUCUGGAUGGCUGAACAGCAAGCAGAGGCAUACAAGAAGAAACAGGAAGAACUGCGAGCGCAGUAUGAGAAGGAACAGGAUCUGCAUGACAACAAGGCCAUCCUCAGCAAGGAGAGCAAGGAUAAAUUGAGCAUAAAUUUCAUGUACGAACCCCCACCGGGUGUCCGGAAGGAGCGUGAGAAGGAGGACAAUGAGCCUGAAUACAAAUUCGAAUGGCAACGGAAGUACAAUGCUCCCCGUGAGAGUUACUGCAAAGGUGACACCGAGAUCCGGGAUCAACCCUUUGGCAUUCAAGUGCGCAAUGUUCGCUGCAUUAAAUGCCACAAAUGGGGCCACAUAAACACCGACAAGGAAUGCACAAUGUACAGUAUUUCCAUGAGUGAAGCCCGGAAGAUCCAUUCCGAAGCGGAAGCACAGUCAAUUAUGGCCAAGGGUGUGCUGGAGGAGCAAAUGAAGGACGAUGGGCUGGCAAUGCGAAAGAGUGCAAUGAGUCUGCAGAGUUUCCAAUCGGGACGCCUCCAUCAGCUCAUCCCGAGUGACGAUGAGGCCGACACGAGUGCCAAGAAGCCCGAAAUGGCCUUCCUCAAAUCCCUCACGACCGAACAGAAGCGCAAGCUCCUCCGGAAGCUGGAAAAGAUCGAAAAACGCAGUCGAAAGAAGAAGAAAUCCAAAUCCAAGAAGCACCAUCAUCGCGACAGCAGCAGUAGCAGCAGCUCCGACGACGACAGGAAGCACACGCGUGAGAAGAAGCAGAGGAAACGCUCACGGAGCCCCCGAAGGCACAGCAGGAAAAGCUUCAUCAGCAAAAUGAUUCUGGGAUAGUUUUUCCUUCUUCUUCUUCUUGUCCUGGCCAGGAGGAAGAGGAGACGCACGCGUACACCUUAAUUGCGGAGUCCUCCACCGCUUAC